AUGAUCCCAGCAACCAUCUCGCCGAAGCAAAGUAAGCUCCCCCAUCAUCCCUCUCCCAAAAAGGCUGGACAGGGAGAACGACGAUCGGAGGAGCUGAGCAGGUUCACCAAAGACGAUAGUCCGAGGCACCCAGAGGCUCGGGAGGAUCGGGAGCUGAGAAGAUCAAAUUAUAAUGUACAGGCAUUUAUACUAUUAGUUGUCAUUUGCCUUGGUGUGGCACAAGAAACAACAAACCAUGACUCAAACACCAUUGAGCAAUCACCUUCGGUUCAUUUGGAUCCAUAUAUAAGAAAAGCCUUAUUAAAAGCCCUUAGUGACCUUGAAGAAAGCGACAACCUAACUACGGAAACAACAGAUGGCACAUCGCCUACAGGCGGAGACUCCACUGGUGACGGAAUAACUGUUGCGCAGGCUAAUAAAGAAAACAUACAAAUUCAUUCAUUUGUAGUUAAUGGUCAAUCUGCCUUCGAUAAUAAUUCAAACACUACUCCGAUGUUAAUUGACAAAAAUAUUUCAAUUUUAAGUACAACUGUUGGCAAUGUCGAAAAUCAUGUUACAGCAAGUCUGCCGACACAAGCUACGUUUGGUGAAAUAUUUCAAGCAAGAGAGACUGGUGUUAAUGUGCAACAAAUAAGAAGCAUACCAAGUACAUCUAAAUCUAGCGGUGGCAAUUUCGCACAUAGUAAACUGAGUACAUCAAAACCUCGUAUAUCAACAACUACAACAACUACUACCACAACAACUACAACACCAAAACCAACGCACAAUGAAGAUGGAGAAAAUAUAGAGGAAGUGAAUAAAAAGGAUGUACAAGUUUUUCAAGCGCCACUGGUAGCGGCAUUUACAGUUCAACAAGAUGCACAUGGGGUUCCAAAGAAAGUGAUACCUAUUUACCAGCAAACAAACAUUUUUGAUGGAUCAAAAACACCAUCAAACUCAAACCCACCAACGAAUAUAUUACUUCCGCAGUUAUUGACGUCGAACAUACAGGCCAAUAGUUUACAAAACUUACCUUCCACUGAAUUUAUCAACCAACAAUUAGCACUGCAAAAACAACUAGAAGAAAAACAAAGACUCUUAGAAGAGCAACUUCGGUUUUUACAAAUACAGCAAAGGCAACAAGAGGAAUUAUUAAGGAAUCAACAACUUCUUUUACAACAAAAAGAAGCUGCAAGGUUACAACAGACGUUAUUUGAACAAGAACAAUUUAGCAAACAACAACUUUUACGAGAACAACAAAAACUUCCUAAUCAACAAAUAUUAAACAAUUUUCAGACACAUAACAAUUUCCCACAAAAUCAAAUUUUCAGUCAAAAUAAUUUAAAACCAUUCAAAUCACAAGUGUCAAUACAACCAAGCGUUUCUUUCGAUCAAACAAAUACUUUGAACGCUCAGCAACAACUCCCAAACAAAGAAGCUGUCGAUUUUCUUAUUCAUUUACGUACAAAACAACAAAAUCAGUUUCCGUUACAAGAAAACCAUCUACCACAAGGCAUAGGCAAUUUCCUCCAACCUAAUUCUGUUCAAAACUUUAAUCAAGCACAAAGUUUUCCACAAACAAAUCAAAUAAGAUUAUCAGAUGACCAAAGACAAAAACAAAGUACUCGGGUAUUCCGUAAUGAGAACGGUGUAGGAAAUUUUGGAAUAAAUAUUCCGAACUACAGCAGGUUUAACACAUUCGAACCUCCUUUUACUAACAGAUUUUCAACACCAAGCAGAUUUAAUCACUUCAACCCAGAUGUAGAAUUAAAACAGCUAUUAGCUCAAAGUAGUCUCAACUCACGAGAUCAGGAAGAGCUUAAUAUCGUGUCAAAAGUUUUAUCUUUGAAUCAUGGCGUUCCAUUUAACAGUAUACCAAACCGAUUGUCUUUUGAUAACCGAAGACGUACAAGAAAUUCUCCAUAA